UAAUUUAUGAAGUAUUAAUCGGUCGAGAUGACGUGGAGGAAGGAAGUAUGACGAGGCUUUGACUCGCGUUGCCGUAAAACAGAACAUUGCUUCCACCAGAAGUUGGCACCACGAUUCAGUCUUUGAUCUAUUCAAACUCGUUCAUCGAUUUCAGACAUCAAAAGACAACUUUAUUAGAUCCGAAGUUGCCUGAAUUCUGCGUUUGAGGUUGCUGAUUGUCCAAUAAUAUGGCUUCCUUCGAGAUGAAUGACCUUAAAAAGAUAGGGCUAGGCUUGACUGGAUUUGGUGUCUUCUUUACAUUCUUGGGAGUGAUAUUUGUGUUUGACAAGGGACUCAUCGCCAUGGGAAAUAUCCUCUUCUUGGCGGGUGUCACUCUAACCAUUGGGAUUCAACCAGCCAUCCAAUUCUUUACAAAACGGCGCAACUUUAAGGGAACUAUAUCGUUUGGUUUGGGUUUCUUGUUGGUUGUGUUUGGAUGGCCUAUUCUCGGUUUGCUUCUAGAAUCUUAUGGAUUCCUUGUGCUCUUCAGUGGUUUCUGGCCUACACUCGCUGUUUUCCUUCAAAGGAUACCUAUACUAGGGUGGCUUUUGCAGCAUCCAUACAUCAGAUCGUUGCUGGAUCGCUACCGUGGAAGGCGUGUUCCUGUCUAAUCCUCUCUUUUGAAGUACAUACCCUGUAAAUACCCUGUAAACUACUGUCUAUACGAUACGUAGGUACAUAUGCAUAUAACACUCUAGCAACUCAUCAUUAGUGCGUUGUAAAUGGUUCUUGUAAUUGGGUUUGUGAAUAAUAUUUACAUGUAGUCUAAUAUCUUUGGCUUUUCCUCUCUUCUUGUAAUUCUCUUACUAUUUUAAAAGCUUCUUCUAUUUUA